UCUCCCGAUCAGGAUCAACACACGACACCCUUGCUUCUCCGUCCAACCACACCGCAUCUCCUCCAACUCCUCCCUUUGGGUGAGAAGAGGAGCCCUUUUUCGCAUUCCAGUGUCGACGCUACCGUCGCUCUGAUAGGGUUUUUUUCGAUACGAGGAAACCUUCCUAACUAUUGCUACUUUCCAUUUCAUUUUCAUUUUCCAGGAUUUAAGGUUUUAGCGAAAUGUUGGAUGACGAAGCGAGGGAGGAGAAGGAGUUGGAUCUCACUUUCCCAGACGUUGUUACCAAGUACAAGACCGCGGUAGAGAUUGUUAACAAGGCCCUUCAAUUGGUGGUAUCUCAGUGCAAGCCCAAAGCUAAGGUUGUUGAUCUAUUCGAGAAAGGCGACUCCUUCAUCAGAGAGUUAAGCUCAUUUCCUGUCUCCUUUGAUCGGCCGUCAACCUCCGACAGGUUCGAUCUCGCGCCUGCUUCUUCGCUCCGAGCCAUAUGGACAGAUCUGUGGGGACCCUUGUCACUCUAUCAUGCUUGUAUUCCGUUAUUUCAAGCUAAGCUUGGCAAUGACGAGAAUGUACUGGAAAAAAAUGACAUCGUUAAAAUUGACAUGGGGUGUCAUAUUGAUGGGUUUAUUAUUGUGGUGGCACACACUCAUGUUAUACAGGAAGGACCAGUGAUUGGUAGAGCAGCAGAUGUGAUUGAUGCUGCCAAUAUAGCAGCAGAAGUUGCCUUGCGCCUUGUGAGGCCAGGAAAAAAGAAAGAUCUGGUAACACCAGAUUCAUCUUCUCCAAGCUCUGGAACUUGUAGCUCUGGACCACCUCCUUCAGCAAAAGAUGCUACUUGUUAUAUGAGCAGUACUCAAAGCAGUCCAGUUGAUCAAGAUGACAAGGAUGGCUCUAGUCCUGAAGGUCAUGUUACAGAACCAGCAAUGGAAACGAUGAAAGAUAAGUUCCUCAAUCCAAUCAAGAAACAGGACAAAAAUAGGCUAACUGUACAUGGUGGCUUUACAGGUCCGCAAAUUUCCUCCUCCAGAUGUAAGCCAUUUUUAACAUCACACAAGGAAAAGACGUCCACCAGGCAACGUCUGUGGUCGACGAGACAAGAAUGUCUACAAACAGAAAAGUCAUUGUGAGAAGCUCAUACUUCAAGCAUAAGCCAUCAGAUGUCAAUAGUCUCCAUCGACCCAAUGAUGGUGCCACAGAUGGUAAUGAAAAUAAUGAUUGUAUUCCUGGUGGCUACCCUGUCAAGAAAAGAAAACUAUCUGAGGAUAACGAAAAUCAGCCACCCAUCUUAGUAAUGAAUCAGGAAAAUAUGCCAUCAAAGAAUGCGAGGACUUCAUUUCAUCAUGGAGAAGAUAAUCAAGUGUCUUGUUUGAACAACAAUGGCGCCAUGGUAAGGGAAGGAGGAAAAUUCGGUUGUGACAUUUCACAUGUGAACAACUACACAACUGUAGCGGAGAGAUCAAUGGGCAUAUUUGUAGCGCUCAUGUCAUCUUUCAGAUACACUCAAUCAAGUGCCCGUGCAAGUGUCCUCCGUGCACCUCUAAAAGACAUUCAAAAUUCUUCUUCCUCUGCAAGGAGGAAAGUUGUGCCCAUUGCCAUUGAAGAAUUCACAUAUACAUUCCAAAAAUAAGGUUGACUUGGGGAGUUUCUAGUCAGCCAAAUUUUCACAAUUUUGUAUGUAUGUUCAGUGGCCUUUGCCAUUUAUACAUUUUGG